AAAAUACAAUACAAGCAAAAAGUACAUGUAUUUUACAGUUUUGUAAUUGAAAUGUAGUGUAAUUUAUUCUUGUGAUCAAAGCUAAAGUUUUCAGUUUCAUUACUCCAGUGUUCAGAUUUUGCUGCCGUUUUUGAGUCUUUUUUGUCUUAGAAUUAUUUGGUAACACUCUAAAUGUCUUUAUCAUCAAUUUAAAAAAAUAUUUAAAAAAAAUACUUUUUUAAAAAAGUUAAACAAUAAAAAAGAAUAUUAUCAGAACUAAAGCUCAUGAAUUGUGAUCAUUAUGAAUUUUUUUUUUUUGUGCUGUAUCCAGCCGUUCUCAGCCCGGGAUUCUGCAGUGCGUGUACAUGACUUUGUCACUCAGGAUUUGUCACUUGUCUGUUUCCUGGCUGCUAGUUUCUCCAUAAAUUGCCAAGCACGCUAUUUUACACAAUGUACCAGUGGAGCAGAAAUGACUUAUGUGUUCAGCAGUUCUGGUGAAAAUGUCCGUCUGCCCUGUAAUAAUGCACUUUCUGACUGUACAUCAACUAUUUGGACCUACAGCAGACAAUCAAAUACAGUUGAACUGAUUGCUGGAGGAAAAAAGAAGAAAGACGUAGAGAGACAUGAGAGACUGAGUCUGGGCUCUGACUGCUCUCUAAACAUCCAGAAAAUUACAGAAAAAGAUAGUGGACUUUACACCUGCCAACAAUAUGUGAAUAGACCACCAAGUGAUGCACCUGUUUAUCUGUAUGUUCUCUAUGUCUCUUCAUCAUCGUCUCAGUCUGAGAUCAGUCCAGGCAGCUCUGUGACUCUCUUCUGUCAGUUGUUUUAUGAUGGAGUCUCUUGUGAUGCUUUGGUCCGUGCUGAAGGAGUUCAGCUGAUCUGGGUGAAUGAGGCCGGUGUGAAUCUUCAGACAGACCCCAGAUAUAAGAUAUCAUUCUCCUCAACAUACUGCUACAGCUCUCUGACUACAAGACUCCUGAGUGAAGAUCUCAACAGAGAGUGGAGAUGUCAGGUUACUCAGAGAAAUCAAGUGAAGACCUCAGUCUCAUAUACUGUCAAGUAUUCAACUCCAUUUGAGACAAAGACAGUGGCUCCUGUCACCAGCUCAUUGACUACCACAGUAACUUUCACUCCACCAGCUCCAUUUGAGACAAAGACAGUGACUCUAGAGACAGUCUCUAACUCAAUGACAACCACACCAGUAACUUUCACUCAACCAGAUGGUAGAACAAUACCAGUGAUUCCAACCCACAUCACAUUCUGCCAUCUUACACCAAUUAAAGUGAUUGUGAUUAUUGUUGAGGUUGCAGUGUUUGCUGCUCCUACUGUGAUUCUUCUUCAGAUCAUCUGUGCAAGAAGAGCUGGGAGGAAAAACUCCCACCACUCAGAAGAAAUAAAGUUGUCUUCAAUUUGAGAAAAAAACAUUCAAAUAGCAGGAAUGUCUUUCAAUGUGUUUCAUUUAGACAUAUAAUAAAUACAUAAUCAGUGUAUGAUAGUAUGCUGGGGAUUUUGUACAUCAACAAUUUUGUCCAUUGCUGCGGCCACCAUCAUCUGGAGCUGGAGUAACCUGGUUUUCCACUAGAGAGCACUCCUCCUCACAUUAUUGUCAUUCCUUCACGGGCUUCAUCUAGCAUUAGACUUGGUCUGGACUCUUCAACCAUACCUGCUCUUGUCAGUCAUCAUUAAGUCGUAGAUGUUAGUUCAGAGUGUUUGUAUCCUCUUCUAAUGUCUUGGGGUUUUUUUGGUCUUCUGACUGUGGAUUUCUGUGUUUGUCUGCAUCUAGGACUUAAACUAAUCACUGUUUGCUGUUUGGUUGUGUGUGGCCUGUGUCUGGUUUUAAAUUGUUUAUGGAUUAUUCUUCUAAUAAAUGCUCCUCAACCUU